GAGCCGGAAUCAUCUGGGUUUGCAGGAUAAAUAAAGACGAGGAGAUGCCGUGCCGGCCUGCAGAAAUCCCGCAUAAAUCCAUCAGAAACCUGUGUGAAUAAAGCCAGGUGUCCGCGUGUCCGGGGAACUGCGGCGCCGAUGCUCCGGGGUGGAAAGGAGCGGAAUAGGGCGACAUCACUGUGUAGCGGCUUUCGUUGGUCCUUCAUCGUGGAAGGAAGAUAAAAAUAAAAACAGAGUCUGCAGUGUUUGGAAACACGAAGUCCCAGAUGAAGGUUACGAAAAGAAGACGGAAAGGAAUGGCCGUCUACCUUAGUCUGUGUGCCAGAUAAAUGGCUCAUUUAAGCUGGGAGCUAGCCGAGUCCUCGCCAGCUGGCAGAUGCAGUGCCUAGCAUCAGCUAUCCAGGACGACGCAAACAUGAACGGGGCCGGGGAGCAGGCUGACAUCCUGCCUCCCAACUGCAUGGUCAAGGACCGAUGGAAAGUGCUGAAGAAAAUUGGAGGCGGCGGCUUCGGGGAGAUCUACGAGGCCCUCGACCUGCUGACGAAAGAGAACGUGGCACUGAAGGUGGAGUCGGCUCAGCAACCCAAACAGGUUCUCAAGAUGGAGGUCGCCGUCCUGAAGAAACUGCAAGGAAAAAAUCACGUGUGUAAGUUCAUCGGCUGUGGAAGAAAUGAGAAGUUCAACUACGUGGUGAUGCAGCUGCAGGGAAGAAACCUGGCCGACUUGAGAAGAAGCCAGCCACGGGGAACCUUCACCAUAAGCACAACACUGCGUCUCGGAAAGCAGAUCCUGGAAUCGAUAGAAGCCAUUCACUCCGUUGGGUUCCUGCACCGGGACAUCAAACCUUCGAAUUUCGCGAUGGGAAGGCUGCCUUCCACACACAGGAAGUGCUACAUGUUGGACUUCGGCCUGGCGCGGCAGUACACCAACACGAAUGGAGACGUCCGGCCUCCGAGAACUGUCGCAGGAUUUCGGGGGACGGUCCGCUACGCCUCGGUGAACGCGCACAAAAACAAAGAAAUGGGUCGCCAUGACGAUUUAUGGUCUUUAUUUUACAUGUUGGUAGAGUUUGCUGUUGGACAGCUGCCGUGGAGGAAAAUAAAAGACAAGGAGCAAGUGGGGCAGAUCAAAGAGAGGUACGACCAUCGGAUGCUGCUGAAACACAUGCCUUCGGAGUUUCACGCCUUCCUGGACCAUGUGCUGAGCCUCGACUACUACACCAAGCCGGAUUAUCAGCUCUUGAUGUCGGUUUUCGAGAACAGCAUGAAGGAGCGCAUCAUCACAGAGAAUGAGCCCUUUGACUGGGAGAGGGCGGAGACGGACUCAUUGAUGUCAACCAGCACAUCCACGCCGCCCCAACACAACACGCGGCAGACGGCCGCCAUGGUGGGGGUGGUGAAUGUGACGCCCAUGCCUGGAGACAUGCAGAGGGAGAACACGGACGACGUGCUGCAGGACGAGCACCUGAGUGACCAGGAGAACGCGCCCCCCGCAGCCCCCAGCCGGCACGCUGAAGGUGGCCUGAUGCCCCCCGAAGGCGAGGGCUGGGAGGACACGGAUUUCAACCGCAAUAAACUCAGGAUCAGCAUCGGCAAGGCGCAGGGUGGUGCGGAGGAAGAGCACGGUCCCGGGGCGUUCCCCACCACCCCAGGACAGGGGGGCCUGCCAGAGUCUCCCAGCAUGCAGAUGCGUUCUGCCCGCUACCAGCGUGCCCACAGUCCCGAAUCGGAGCGGCUGUCCGCUGCCGAGGGCCGGGCUGACGGCCACGACAAGCGGUCGCGUAUGGACUUGCUGGGCUCCCCUUCCCGGCACCUGUACUCCUCGCAGCCGGCACAGAUGCUGUCUUUAGAAACGGUGCACGGGGACCGGCAGGCCAGUGGUCGCCUGGAGGUGUCGGCCUCCGUGGAGCACGAGGCACUCAGCAACGCCUUCCGCUCUGUGCCGCUGGCUGAGGAGGAAGACUUUGACAGCAAGGAGUGGGUCAUCAUCGACAAGGAGGCCGAGCUACGCGACUUCCACCCAGGCGCUGAACCCACCACCUCGGGCACCACCGACGAGGAGCCAGAGGAGCUGCGCCCCCUGGAGGAUGGGGAGGAGCGGCGGAGGCGCGGUGCCGUUGGGGAGGUGGUGGUGCGGCCCAAGGAGGGCCGGGUCCGGGGCAUGUUGCCGCUAGCUGAGGAGGACGCCCUCCGCAGAAGUCCCACCCGCCGCCCGUCCAGCUCAGAAGGGCCUGGCCCAAGUCCCGCCCAGUCGCCCUGCCACUCGCUGCCUUCCACACGACCCAAGCGCAGGGAGUCGGACCCCACUGGACCACACAGACUGGUUCUGUCAUCCAAACAUUUGGAGCCUUUGCUGGUGCCUUCUGGUCCGCCUUACCGAGACUUCAGAGUGAAGGAGCGCAUUUCUGACAGAGAUGCUCCGGGUAGUCUUCCCGAGGCACGGUUCAAGAAGGUGGACUUUGCGGCCACCGUGAUCGCUGGCACGCUGUCAGUGCUCCCGCAUGAUGCCACGGCUCCUCCCCCGGAGCAGAACAACGUGGACGAGGCAGAAACACCCAAGAGCGAGUCAAGCAGCGAGGCCAGUCAGAAAAGCACUGAGCGCAGCCAGGAUGGAGCCCCUUCCACCCUCCUGGCUGAUGAUCAGCGGGAGUCCAAGGGACAGGUCUCCACGGUGGAGCCGGACCUUGAGCUGGAGGAGGCCUCUAGGACACUCGUCCUUUUCUCACCUGGAGAUGCUAGGAAGUGCUUGGGAGGUGGGGACGUUGAUCUAGGAACUAUGGCAGCGAUCACCCCUCAGACUGAGAGGCUGCAGCCAAUGGGGAGCCAGCUGGAUGUCUCUGAGCCCGGCACGCUGUCCUCGUUGUUGAGAUCCGAGCCGAAGCCCCUCGUCGCUGCCACCGGUGCCUCCUCCCCACUCACCAAAGUCGAGCGCACAUUCAUCCACAUCGCCGAGACCUCCCACCUGAACGUGAUGUCUUCCAGUGGCCAGCAGGUGAGGCACGAGGACCGCGGCCUCUCCCGGGUCUCAGAGGAGCCCUCGGGUGACGAUGGAGAGAAUGUGGUGGAGGGCGAGAUCGUGGAGGAAAACUGCGAGUUUGGCUCGCUGGAGAAGGAGCCUGAGCUUAACGGCUGUGCUCCGGCAGCUGACCGUUCAGGAUCUCCUCCCACUGAAAGGGUGCUUGUCGAGAACGGCGCUUGUGCUUCUGUGGAAAGUACAGAGGUCAGAGAGGACGGCGGUACUCCUCUUGUCUUUGCGGGUCCUGAUGUCAUCUCGGCUGGCCCACCUCCACCAGUCAGUGUGGAGGUUCUGCCGAAGUCUCCCGCCAAGGAGGUACUGGUGGAGCAAGUGCCAGCUGGGUCCCUGGUGGAGCUCAGGUCCACCAAGCUGCCGAGACCCCUGCCCCGGAGCCGGAUACCCAUCCUCAUGUCUGAAGAGGACACGGGCUCGGAUCAGUCGGCCUCCCAGUCCUCCCGGGAGCGUCUGGGUAAGCGAGCGAGACAGCAGCGCCUAGCACGCCUGGUGGUGGAGAAGCAGCAGAGCCGCCUGCUGAGGAUGACCUCAUCCUCCGUGUCCUCCGGCGACGAGGGCAGGCCGGCUUCCGAGACCCUGUCAGCCACCGGCUCUGAGGAGGACACUCACGACUCCGACGACUCCCCAGGCAGGAAAGCGCUCGGGCCCAAAACGCGAGAGCAUGAGAGCGGACCGGACCGGCCGCAGAGCCGGAUCCCACGCCCCGUGACGCCGAUAAAGAGGACGUCAGGCCAUUUCACAUCCGUACCCACACCACUGCCCUUCAAAGCCACACCCACUCCUCUAAAUAGGCUUCAGAUUCGGGGCAAAAUCGCAGUGUACACCCCAGGCGAGCCGAAAUCGCCCCCGAUGCAGUCCAAGCCCCGCCCCACACCCGGGCCACCCAUGUACUGCACCAGCCCCAGAAUGCCGCCGAGGGCAGGGUCCCGGCCCCCGCCCCUGGCCACAGCCCCCCGCAGCUUGAGCGCCUCCCCCCGCAGUUACUCCACCUCGCGGACUGACAGCCCCUCCCCCCAGCGGCAGCGCCGGCAGACGGCUGCCGUCGAGGUGAGGCGUCAGUUCAUUUCUGUCCGGGCCAACACAGCAGCCCCGCUCAAGCCUCACCCCUUGCCAGGCAGCCCCCCCGAGGACUCCGCAUUCGGGCCACCUGCUGCCGCCAAGCCCGGCAGGAGGGCUAAGCCGCUGCCGCAGGUCUCGGUCCUGCCCGCCAAGAGCAGGGCAGCCACCAGAUAAUACCAUCCGCUCCAGAAGCAUCCGCCCGCGGCGAAUCCACGCUUCUCGGCCUGCUCCGGAGUAACUCUUCGCCUCCCCCAGGCCGAACAAACUGCUUCCAGUUUACCACCUACCCCAUGUUCCAGACUGCUGUCUGAGGGGCUCGCUUGCCGAAAUGGGUCGGGUGAGCUCGGACCGCCCUUGAGAGCCCGGUCACAGCACCGUUGAGGCUCCGAUUCAACCGCAGGUCUGUUGUAUUGACAAAUAGUCAGUUAUAAACGUAUAACUCAGCCAGGUUUAAACCUAUCUGGCCGGCUGAUAGACCUCUGGCUGUGCUCGGUGUUCAAGGCUAACAAUGGGUAUCAUAAAUGGUAACUAUAAAGUAUGAUUUGUGUCAACACAUUGUAUCACCACGCAGCUGGUAAUGGUGAUGGGAAUGUGUUGUCAGUACAAACCAAAAACAACACAAUUCAGUCUUUUAUUUGAAGAGCUGGUUUGACACUUACCUAAACAUAUUGCUCAACGUACCAACACGUUCCCACAUCUUACAAUGUCUUAAAACAUAACCCAGUCAAUUUGUUAAGGGUGGAAAAUGUGUAGCACAUGCUGCUAAUAUUCUAACCCUUUUAGGGUGCUGAGCUUUUACCUUGAUAUCCAUCACAAAGUGCACAUGAAUGUGAGGUCAGAGGUCACCCAAACACCGAUGGAUAGAUCUCUGUGCGGUUCUUUGAGCUAGAGGGGUCUGCCUGAAAAACGUUUGUUUGGUCUGAGGGGGGAAACGGUACCGCUGUGGGUGCAAAAGCAUAGAUACAGCGAGUCGGAGGAUCCAGGAAACAUCAGUAGAGAGUUGAGCCGGGUUUGGCGGCUCUGCCGAGGUCCUCUGUGCCUGCCCGUGACCCCUGGCCAGAAUCGGCAAACCUUUUACAAAGAUACGUUCUCACUGUCUGAUAAUAGUUUACCCAGAGUAUGUAUAUAUUAUAUAUUUAUUUCUCGGAGAUGUAAUCUUUAUUUUUAUCCGAUAGGUUCUUCUGAAACAUAUUGUUUUCUCUCCUUUAAUUUUGCAAGAUGGGAUCCGUAUAUGAAUGCUGAGCGGUGACAGACACAGGGUAGAGUUUGGCGUUCCCCAGAGAGAGGAGAUCUCGGCUCACGGGACGACGAGAGAGUCUCCCUGCCUCAUUAGGCGCAAAUGCGUUAAUUAUAGGAGGUGCCGUGUUUCAGCAGACGAGACCAAACAUUACCGAACAGAACUACUGGAGUGAUGUUCCAAUUCUGUGGCCGGUAGCUGGGAGACAAUGGUUAUUUAUUCUGUUAACAGGUAUUGCGGAGAGGUACGUACUGUAGGGAGGAGUAGGUGUACAACAGCAGCUAAUAUUGUGGCGAUUUAAGCGACACUGAGAAGUAAGCGUCUAAUGUACAGAAACCUGGACAGUUUGGCAUGCCUCUGUAAAGUUCUCCGUCAGUCUCAGAAACCACAGCCUUGGGCACAGAAACUGGCAUACUGCACGACAAAAAACUCGACGUCCAGCUGUGUGACAUCGGUGCUGUAAUUCUCUGCAUAAUGUCUGCAUAAUUAAUUGAAUCAUCAGUUAUUUAAAUCGCGAAUCCGUUCUAUAUUCUGGGGAAGGCUCCAUUUUGCCGCCGUCAAUGGGCAACAUUUUACUGUAUGUGCGUAACUUCUUGUAUGUUUAUUUGCACACGACAAUCAUAACCUAGAUUUAAAACAUUAGUCAAGCAUGCCCGUUUCAGCCUGUUAGAAAAGCACUUACGGGCCCAUAUUUUCAGAUCCCACUUUUGAUUCUUGUAUCCUCUCCACUGGCCAGUUCAGCAAUUUUGACCUUGGUGGGGGUCAAGAACUCCCCGAACUGCUUAUCGCCUGGGGCUGCCGUCUGUGGCAAGGCCCUGAAAUGUGAAUUUCACACAAGAUGAUGCUUUGUCGCACACUGCAGAGCAGACGGAACCUUCCAAAUCAAAAGACAAUUGAAUAUGGAUUGACAUGAGAGAAACACUCGAGAAUUAUGGAAAUGUUACUCGAUCGAAGGUAUUGAGAUGUCGAGAAGAUAUAGGUGAUUGGAUUUGGGAAAGUUAGCUGUGACAUGUGACUACAUGGACACUUACUGGUUUUAUUAAAUCCUAAGCCUGUCGGUAUGACUGCACGCAAGAGCAGCAAGUUUACAUGUUUUGACAAUCCACCCUCGCUGCUUAGACAGACAGACUGUGUUGCCAGUGUCCCCAUCAAUCCAGGAAUUUUGACUUUCACUGCGAGUUUCUGGAACAGACGCCUGUGUCCGGAUGUAAAUGCCCUGCACCACACGUCUCCCAUGAGAUACCUGUUGCCGUAACCACUGGUCCCAGCUACCGCUAUUGCCAGUAACGCUAACACCCUUCCGUGGGCUGAGUCAUGGUUAAAUAACAUCAGAACGAAGAGGUCUUUAGCUUCUUAACAUGAAAUCCCCACACUCCAGCUCCCUCUGCAUGUUGACACCAGUGGCAGAUAAUUAGACUUGUUUUGAGAGGUUUCUGAUGUGAUCUGUCUGUGAAUGAACAUUUUGCUUUUCGUAGCACAUCCUGUGUCAUCAAAUAGCUUGGACCCCUCUUGUGAAAGUGUAAACCUGAAUGGAGUUUGCCUAAAGAAAUAUAUAUUUCUUCUAAAGUUUGGAGUUUCAUGUUGCCCCGGACAACCGCUCCAGCAUUACAUCCGCCGAUUUAAUUACUGUUUUGUUUUGCAUCACUAUCUGAAGUGGAGAUUGCAGUGCUUGUCGUGGCCACCAGGGUACUGGGUUCAGUUGGCCAGGGGUUGGGUUGCAGCAUCGGUCAGAAAAAAGUAAAAGGGGCUUGUCAUGUGUGCGUAGUCAUGAAGCAGGGAGAGACGAUUUUUUUUGUCAUGCCUGUAAGAGUAAUAAAUCUUUCACAAAUAACGUAAAUUAACUGCUGUCGCCUAUAAUCGAGAAACCAUUAGCAUCUCUCACAACAGGCUCUAAACAAAGAAAAACAUAGAACAAACACACACAUACACACACACACACCACUUUUUUUGUCCACAUCUACGCAUCACGUCACCGCAGUUGAGAUGUCGAGAGGUCAGUCCAGGGCAGCCUGAGCGUUUAGCGACGUGAGCGACUGACCAAGCUCACACCUGAAAGCACAGAUGCCCCAUGCAGAACUGGCUGGCGCUGUACUCACGCACACACAUUGCCCGCACCACAUAAGGGGGGGCGGGGGGGGGCACAAAGGGCAAGCAGAGGACACGGCGGGAAGACCAAGUCAAAGGUUAUUCUUGUUUUCUUUUUCUUUUGUUUUCAAAAAAGCACCAAAAGUAAUGUUUACACGUUUAAAACAGAAUGUAAAAAAAUACUGCAUGAUAGGUGAUAUCUGGCCAAAUAAAAUGGUUUGUGUAUUAUGGGAGGUAUUGUGAGGAUUCGUUUGCCAUUCGUUCUUUCUCUUAGCCCCCCCUCCCCCUGCCCAUAUCCAACUAUUUGUCAGUACAAUCUGGCUCCGUGGACUGUAACAACUGACAUGCAUAACCAUGCUAUUAAAAGUCCCUCUCUUUUAA